GGAAAAUAACUCACAUGGCACUACCGUGGCGCUUGGCUGUACAUAAAACAGCGGCUCUGUGAGAGUUCGCUGUUGGUCGUUUGGAAUAUUUGUUUUUAAAGGUUUUAGUAGAUAUUUUUUAUUUGUUUUAGCUUUUAGAAUGAAGACUUUUGUGAAGAUCCUACUCCUAACGGCGGCGAUCUAUCUUGUCGUAAGGUAUUCACCGACGUUUCUGGACUUCAGGCCUAAGGCUUACAGUAUACCAUUUCCUGCUUUCCGCGGUCCUUUAGAAGAAAACUGGAAGUUGAAUGAAGCUGAGCGUUUGUUCAAAGGCAUCUUGAACGGACCGGAAUCCAUUAUAUUUCAUGACGGAUAUUUGUACACUGGGCUGGAGGAUGGAAGAAUUGUCAAAGUGAAGGAUGAUAAAGUAACAACUGUCGCUCAAACUGGUAGAUUUUGCCACAUGCCGUACGAAGAACGACUAUGCGGACGCCCCUUGGGUUUGAGAAAAGGAAAAGAUGGCCUUCUCUAUGUAAUUGAUGCCUAUUACGGUAUUUUCAGCAUGAAUUUUACAACGGGUGCUCUGACGCGCAUAUUACCUUCCAAUGUGCUAGUAGAGGGACGGAAUUUGAAUUUUCCAGAUGAUUUAGACAUAGACGAUGAAGGCAACAUAUAUUUUUCUGAUGCGAGUCGCAGGUGGGAUCUGUCUACAAUUUACUACUUGAUGACUGAAUAUGAAGGAGAUGGUCGUGUAAUUAAAUAUAAUAUGAACUCUGGAGAAACCGAAGUUUUAGUUCGGAGCUCUCAUUUCCCGAAUGGUGUUCAGCUAACACAUGAUAAAACGGCCCUUCUGAUUUGCGAGAUUUCUAAUCGAAGGAUAUUGAGGUAUAAUUUAAAAGGCAGCAAGAAGGGUCAGUUGGAAAUAUUUGCUGAUGUAUUACCUGGUGAGCCUGAUAACAUAAGAACUAGUUCACGGGGUACUUAUUGGGUCGGUUUCACAUCAGCAAGGAACUUUACAAACCCCUUAUUUAUGGAUUAUAUGAAUCCUUAUCCUACCGUUAAGAUCAUAUGGGCGCGACUGCAUCAUGCUUUCGGAACUCUACUAGUGAGCCUUGCUGAAAUGGCAUCCUAUCCAGUUCUAAAAGAAGUUGCUUAUAAGUUUAAACGGGGUGAUUACGUCCUCCCAUUACUUCGUCGGCAUGGCCUUGUCAUCGAGUUUGAUGAAAAUGGAAAAAUCUUGCGAAGCUUUCACUCUCCGGACGGAAAAAUCAGCGAUUUGUCUGAAGUCAAAGAGCACGAUGGUUAUUUAUAUCUUGGAUCUUUCAUAAAUGACUACUUGGGACGCCUUAAGUUGUAAUUUCUAAACGGACAUCUUGUACGACAGUUUUACCUGUUUUAUGUAACUUUUUAUUGUUGCCUCUUACGUUGUUGGACCUAAAGCGCACAGCGCUGUUCUUGUUCUGACGAGUCGACUCUGGUAACUAUUUGUAAACGUAUGCGACGAGUCUCGCUCAUUCCUUUUUUGUGACAUAAUUUAUAUUCAUAGUAUUUAAAUUUUUAUAGUUGAACUAGUUUUUAAAUUUUAGCUGUUUUUAAAACAAGCUUGUUAUUACUUAAAGCUUUCAGGAAUUGAACUCGUAAGUUUUUUACAACGCUGAAAGCAAUUUUAAGAAAUUUUGAUAUAUUGUAUAUAUUGUCUUUAAGUGUACGCAAUGUCUAAUGUGAAUUUGAAUGAAAUGUAUAUAAGUGCCGAAAAAUCAAUUUUUAUAAAUAAACUUUUAAAAGUGA